AUGACUAUUAGCAACAUAGCCCCAACUUCUCAACAGCAGUUAGGUAAUGGCACCAUACCAAGAACCAACGACUAUCACAAGUCUUCUAGGCUGCUUGGUUCAACAAACGGGGUAGCAAACGGAGAGCAAAAUGCAAUCCAUCCAAUUGCUAUCUGUGGAAUGGCGAUGCGUCUACCCGGCGGGGUGCGAGACGCUGAUACCUUCUGGGACGUGCUCGUAAACAAGAAAGACACUAGAGGCCCCAUCCCAUCCAAUCGAUAUAAUGCAUCCGCAUUUGCUGAUAGGUAUGGAAAGAAAGGUGCCAUAAAGACUCAGUAUGGAUACUUUCUCGAUGAAGACCUCAGCAAGUUGGACACAUCAUUUUUUACUAUGAGUAAGAAUGAAUUGGAGAGAACUGACCCACAACAGCGCCAGCUCCUUGAAGUGAUCCGGGAGGCCUUUGAAAACGCUGGUGAAGCUGACUAUAGAGGCCGGUUGAUUGGCUGCUAUGUCGGUACCUUUGGAGAGGACUGGCUUCAAAUCAGCGCCAAAGAAACCCAACACUCGGGCGGAUAUAUUACACUCCACGAAGCAUGCCGAGCAUUGCAACAUGGCGACUGCACAGGUGCCAUUGUUGCUGGUGCCAACAUGAUCAUGGGCCCAACAACAACGGCUGCGAUGACGGAAGAGGGCAUUCUAUCCCCCGAGGGCUCCUGCAAAACCUUCGAUGCCGCUGCUGACGGGUUUGCAAGAGCCGAGGCUAUCAAUGCCGUUUAUGUCAACUUCUUGAUGACGCCAUCCGUGAUGGAAACCCGAUUAGGGCUAUCAUCCGAAAUACCGGAACUAAUAGCGACGUGCCAUGGGACAGGAACACCGACCGGUGACCCCUUAGAGACAAACGCUAUAGGGAAUAUCUUUGGUUCUCAAGGUGUAUACAUCGGUUCUGUGAAACCUAAUGUAGGCCACUCGGAGGGUGCAUCAGGACUUACCAGUCUUAUUAAAGGGGUCUUGGCGCUGGAGCACGAUAUAAUUCCACCUAAUAUCAAAUUCAACAAGCCAAAUCCCAAGAUUCCAUUCUCGAGUAGGAAGCUUCGAGUCCCAAUUGAGCCAACGAGUUGGCCCCAAGACCGAGCGAAACGAAUUAGCAUCAACUCUUUUGGAAUAGGGGGCUCGAACGCUCACAUUGUGUUAGACGCGAACCCGCAUCCCGUAUCAAACGGCCCGACACAUAGCGAAAGCACAGGACUAAAGCGUGCCCAGCUAGCCAUCCUCUCCGCAAACACACAAGGAUCCCUAAAGGCAUAUAUCGAUAAUUUACAAGGAUAUGUCGAUAAACAUCCCGAAAAUGCUGAUGACAUUGCCUACACAUUCGGCCGACGUAGGGAGAUCCUGCCCCAUCGAGCCUUCAUGAUCAUCGACAGCAAUGGCACGAUAGUCGAGAAAUCAACUCCCGCAAAAGCGCCAGUCAGCAACCCUGACAUCGUGAUGGUAUUCAGCGGACAAGGAGCACAAUGGCCGGAAAUGGGGAAGGAACUUUUUCUUACGGACGAAGGAUUUAGAACCGACAUCAUGGAGAUGGACCGUCUCCUCCAGUCACUUAUUUAUACUCCGCCGUGGUCAAUUGAAGCCGAGUUGUUCGCGCCGCCGGAAAAGAGUAAGAUCCAUCGCGCUGAACUAGCCCAACCCCUUUGUACUGCAGUCCAGAUCGCUCUUGUCCGAAGCCUUCAUAGAGUCGGCAUCCAGCCCGCUGCCGUGGUGGGCCACUCCAGUGGGGAGAUCGCGGCCGCCUAUGCGGCUGGAGCUAUCUCGCUUGCAGAGGCCUUAAUAUCGGCAUAUUAUAGAGGUUACGUGACAAGGGACCAGACCUUAAUCGGUGGGAUGGGAGCCGUGGGUUUGGGUGUCGCUGAUGUCUCUAAAUAUGUUAAAGGGGGUGUAGUGAUCGCUUGUGAUAACAGUCCUAACAGCGUUACCCUUUCCGGCGACGUAGGAGCGCUAGACGAUGUUCUUAAUGCGAUCAAGGUAGACAAACCUGAUGUACUUGCGAGGAAGCUCAAGGUGGACAUGGCUUAUCACUCAAGCCAUAUGAAGGGGUUAGGUUUAAAAUAUCGAGAGCUAAUGGAGCAAGAACUUAAGCGCCAAGGUCUUGGUCGUCAGCAAGCUAGUAUACCUUUCUUUUCAUCUGUAAAAGAAAAGAUCAUUCAGAACAGUGACGAUCUUGGGCCGGACUACUGGAUCGCUAACUUGACUUCACGAGUGCGUUUCAACUCUGCAGUACAACGUAUACUAGAGCAGCGUCCAAGACGACUCUUCGUUGAGAUUGGUCCUCACUCGACGCUAUCCGGACCACUGCGACAGAUCGUAUCAAGCUUUGGGACUCAAUUCCAAUAUAUUCCUACGAUGAUCAGGGGCUCUAACAGUGCCCACAGUCUAGCUUCGGCACUUGGCCAACUAUUCCGGAGCGGCGUUUCAAUCGAUUGGUCUGCUGUUUUCCCCUCAGGAAAAAUACUGACAGACCUCCCCCGGUAUGCUUGGGAUCAUAGCGGCGGCUCAUUCUGGUACGAAGCCCGCGUUUCUAAGGAAUGGCGUUUCCGCCAGUUUGGGCACCAUCGUCUUCUCGGUUUACACAUCCCUGAAAGUUCGAGCUAUGAACCUUCUUGGCGGAAUCUUUUGAGCUUAGAGGACGAGCCUUGGCUGGCAGAUCAUAAAAUCCGCUCGGAUAUCGUCUUCCCAUUUUCAGGGUAUAUUGCCAUGGCCGGGGAAGCAAUAAGACAGAUUACGGGUAUUGACGCAGGUUACCAAGUGAGGCGCGCAACAGCCCGGUCAGCCAUGGUACUCUCAGACCAUCCAGUAGAGGUGUUAACGACAUUAAGACUUGCCAAAUUGACUGACACGGCUGACUCGACCUGGUUCGAGUUUUCUAUAACAUCGUAUAGUGGCUCGGCUUGGACUAAGCACUGUGAAGGACAAAUCAAAGCAAGCACGAAUCUAUUGCCGCCGUCUUCUCUUACACCGGACGAAGAUGAACUUGUCAGAAAAAUCCCCGGAUCAAAAUGGUAUGAUACAAUGAAUAAUAUUGGUGUUGUGUAUGGGCCAGAGUUUCAGGGGCUUCAAAAUAUCGUCUCGUCCACCACUAAAAAUCUGGCUGCUGCCAAUGUCAGCCUUCCGCAUCACCAUGAAGAUCCGGCUUUCAUAUUCCAUCCAUCCGGGAUUGACAACUGCUUGCAACUUGCUCUAGUUGCGCUGGCAAAGGGUAUUGGGCGAAACUUCGGCGAUCUACAAGUGCCUACUACGAUUGAGGAUCUUUAUAUCUCUAGAAGUGCCGCGACGAUGGAUGCUGUGGCGACUAGCAACGGACGCAAGUCCAUCGCUAUUGAUUGUAUUGCUGACGGCAAGGUUGCUUUAAGACUACGUGGGCUCGAAUUGACGACGAUGGAUAAUGACACCACUCAGCAGACUGAGCCGCAUGCGGCGGCUCGUCUAGAAUGGCUUCCGGACUUCGAUAUGAUUGACCACGCGACGUUAUUUAGUCCGCCACGGUCGAUACCUGAAGAGACUAGGAUGCAAGAAGAGAUGACACUUUUAUGCAUGCUAGAAACUUCUGAUAGAGUCCGUGGUUUAGAACCGUGUUCUUGGCACUUUGAAAAGUUCCGCGACUGGCUGGAGCUCGAGAUCGGCCGCGCGAGGAAGGGGACAUACCCCUUAUUAGAGUACUGCAGGGAAUAUGUAGCACUCUCCUCUGCAGAGAGAAAGCCAAUGAUUGAAGAAAGAUAUCAACAACUCCUGCCCCUUUCAGAAAAGGGCUCUGUGGCUAUCGGUAUCAAGCGGAUAUACGAUAACUGCGAAGACAUCUUCACAGGCAAGACAGACACUUUGGAGACGUUAAUGCAAGACAACGUCCUUACGGAGAUCUAUAAUGCAGUUAGUUUUGGAAAAGGAGACUUCUUCAAGCUACUGUCCCACUCGCGGCCAAACAUGCGCAUCCUCGAAGUUGGCGCAGGUACCGGUGGCACCACCGAAAUGAUCCUCCGGACCCUUGUGAGAGAGGAUGGCCACCCGCCCUACUCUGUCUAUACUUUCAGUGAUAUCUCCGCGGGCUUCUUCCCGCAGGCCAAGGAGCGAUUUUCGUAUGCGCCCAACAUGGACUAUAAGGUCUUUGAUAUCUCGAAGUCUCCAUUCGAUCAGGGCUUCACGGCCGGAACCUACGAUGUUGUGCUAGCAUCUAAUGUAGUACACGCUACACCGUCGUUACGUGAAACGCUUUUAAACUUACAGCCGCUCCUGCGACCAGGAGGACUUCUCGUUCUGACGGAGCUAUGCGCUGUUGUGCGGACUCCAAAUUACAUAUUUGGUAAUUUCUCUGGUUGGUGGCUCGGCGUGGAAGAUGACCGACCUUAUGAGCCUUACGUUUCUUUUGAACGAUGGGACGAUGAGCUCAAGGCAAGUGGUUUCUCCGGGGUCGAUACCGCACUUCGUGAUGCUGCUGAGCCUUACCAUUAUUGCGCCGCCAUCGUAUCAACCAAGAUAGAAGAUAAUACCUCUUCUGAAAAGACACCCUCGCCAGUAUCAAUCCUGUGUGACGACCCUGAGGGAGACCUAGUAAGACUCCUUGUUGAAGAUCUUGCAAGUUCUAGUGUUUCGGCAAAGGUGUUUCGAUUGGGACAAAAGCUACCACACGACCAAGACAUUGUAUCCCUUCUUGAUCUAGAAAGUUACUUUUUCGAGAACAUCUCGCCAGAAAGACUAAAUGCGUUCCAACAGAUAUUACAGGACUACAAGUCAGGCUCUAUGAUAUGGCUGACCAGACCAGCCCAAGUAGACUGCAAAGAUCCGCGAUCCGCUCAAUCCAUCGGUGUCGCUCGAUCUAUCCGAGCUGAAUCCUCGGUGCCUUUCUAUACGCUAGAGAUUAGUCCUACAGAACCUCAAUUCUCGACCUUAGUUCAAAAGGUAUUAAGUAAGAUUCAACGUAUCGAAGACACUGACUUGCUUGCGCCCGAUAAAGAAUACGUCGUUGACGCUGGUGUUGUUAAGAUUGGCCGAUACCAACCAUUCUCAGUUAGUAAAGAACUACAACAGAAUACCAGUAGUGCUGUAGUCCAAGAGGCGAAGACACUGGAAACCGCCAAGCCUGGAUCACUGGAGAAUGUCGGUUGGGUCGGCGAGGCUAUUUCGAGCAGCCUUGGAGAUGACGAGGUUGUGAUUGAGACACGGGCAGUGGGAGUUAACUUCAAGGACGUCCUCUAUGCGAUGGGUAUUCUUAAGACCAGUACAGAGAAUGUUCCGUUAGGUCACGAACUGGCCGGCAUCGUCCGCCAGGUUGGUGCAAAAGUAAAUGAUCUAGUUAUCGGAGAUCGCGUAAUGGCAACUCCACCGAACGCAUGCUUCAAGACGCAGGUCAAAACGCCGGCUUCUCUUGUCGCAAAGAUACCGGACAAUCUCACUUUUGAGGAGGCGGCCUCUAUGCCUAUAUGCUACACAACGGUGAUAGAGUCGCUUUUGAAAAUUGGACGACUAGAAAAGGGACAGGCUAGUAUAUUUCGCGUCUGUUGCUCGAGCGCUGGAUCUAACAGGUUGCAGUCUGUUCUUAUUCACUCAGCGGCUGGAGGUGUCGGGCACGCAGCAAUCCAAAUCUGCCAAAUGGUUGGCGCAGAGAUAUUUGCAACUGUCGGAAGUAAGGAAAAGGUGGAACACCUUGUAAAGGAAUUCGGUAUUCCGACUAGCCACAUAUUCCGUUCACGAGAUGAUUCAUUCGUUGCUGAUUUGAUGCGCGAGACUAAUGGCCGCGGAGCUGAUAUUGUGCUCAACUCCCUUUCUGGAGAGUUACUGCAUGCUUCCUGGGACUGUGUCGCUGAGUUCGGCACCCUGAUCGAGCUCGGAGAGAGAGACGCAAUCGAGGGUGGUAAGCUUCGGAUGAGAAACUUCAUAGAGCAUCGGUCAUACUCCUGUGUCAAUAUGACGCAUCUUGCACAGAAGAGAUCACAGAGAGUUGGAGUGGACUUGAAGAAGUGUGUUGAACUCUACCGAACUGGUAGCAUAAAGCCAAUCGGUCCACUCUCUAUAUUUGACGCAGGCGAUGUCCAAGAUGCAUUCCGCGUAGUACAAGAUGAAAACCAUAUUGGCAAGGUGGUUGUCCGCGUACCUAAAGAUUCCUCGACUCUCACAAGCAUGUCCAGACGCUUCGAGUUGCGCUUCAAGAAUACCGCCUCAUAUCUGUUAACAGGUGGCUUGGGCGGCCUUGGAAAAGUUAUCGCUACCUGGCUCGUCGAAAAGGGGGCUAGAUCGCUAGUAUUUCUAUCUAGAAGCGCUGGAAAGACACAACAGGAUCAGGAGUUCUUCCAAGAAUUGCGAAGUAUGGGGUGUGAUGUGCGCGCUGUACUGGGUCGGGCUGAAUCAACUGAGGACGUUGGAAGUGCGGUUUCGCAGGCUCCAUAUCCCAUCAAAGGAGUUAUCCAUCUGGCGAUGGUUCUCCGGGAUUCACCUAUUGCAAGCAUGAAACAUGAAGAUUGGGUGGCUGCAAACGCCCCCAAAGUGACCGGCGCUUGGAAUCUCCAUGAGCACCUAAAGGAACAUGUCCUUAAUUUCUUCGUCAUGGCUAGUUCCAUAGUAACUAUUGUCGAACAACCAGGGCAGGGGAACUACAGUGCUUCAAACACGUUCCUUGAAGCUUUUACUCAAUACCGACGUUCCCUAUCUCUCCCCGCGACUGUGCUUAAUAUCAGCCCAAUAGACGGCGUGGGCUUCGUCGCCGAAACCCCUUUCGCAAGGAAGAACAUGAAAGCACAAGGACUGUAUUUCUUGCGUGAGGCGGAGCUUCUGGACCUUUUCGAACUGGCUAUCACCCAAUCAUACCCUUUUGAAGGACUCAGCUCCACAGGCAACUCCACGCUGACUCCUUGGACGAGUACCGGCCAAUUAGUUAUGGGUUUGCGAUCUGAGAGUGACCUAAAUGACCCAAAUACGCGAACUAAUUGGCGUCGGGACCGACGAAUGGGCUUCUACCACAACGGCAAUGAGAAGGAAACCAAUACAAGGAGUAGUUUCAGCGAGCUAAUCGCGUUCCUAGCACGAGUAGCUGAUGAUGUCGAAGUAUUGGACGACCCUCAAAGUGUUUCAUACCUAAGCCACGAAAUCGGUAAGAAGGUAUACAGCUUAAUGCUCAAACCUGAGGACGAUCUGGAUAUAUCCCUGACACUAUCGCAAAUUGAAUUGGAUUCGCUCAUGGCAAUUGAGCUGCGCCGCUGGUGGAAACAGGUGUUAGGCCUACAAAUUAGCGUUCUCGAAAUCAUGGCUACUGGAACGCUAGAAGCGCUGGGAGGUGUCGCCGCUAAAGGGUUGAAAGAUAAGUUCGCUAUUAACUAA